GUUGUUAAACAUAAAUAGUCAUAGCUUAAAAACUUUGUACCAUCAAAAAUCAAUAACGUCUUUGAAAUUGUUUUGAACAUUGUGAAAUUUAUAUAAUAAUAAAAAUAACGAUUUUAAAGAGAAGAAAAACUUAAUGGAAAAGAAAACAAUUAAAUGUUCAAUCAAUAGAAUUAUGAAUAAGUACUUUGUUUUACUUUUACCAUUUAUUUUCGACGUCAAUAGACGUGGAUUGAAAUCGCACAUAUAAUUAAAGAUAUCAUUAAUUCAAAGAUGGAGACUCUAAACCAAAUUAAGUUAUAUGUUGUGGCUUUUGGAUAACUUGAAACUUGAAACUUGAAACUGAAUCCGAUUCCUUAACCUUAUUCUCAAACUAGACAUUCCAAUCUCCUUCUUUAGUCAAGAAUCCCUCCUCUUGUCUCUUUCCUCUUUCUUCAGAAGACUCUUUUCUGAAAGUCCAUCUUCCAAACAGAAUUAUUAGCACUUUCUAUUUCUGUCAUGACACCAAAAAAUCCACAUUUCUUAUCUGUUCAAAUCAGCCAAAGUGGGUGAGAAUACUUAAACCCGUGAACGAAUUUCACCUUCUUCCAACAACACCUAAACAAGUUCCAACUUUUCUUGAAUAUUUUCGAGCUUUUGAUCAUAUACCCACAUAGAGAAUAUCCAUAAACUUACACUCAAUCCUUAUUUCUUGUUUGAAUAAACCGAAUGUCUCUUGUUCAUUGCACCUGCAUUUCUCACCUUCAUCAAGAACGGUAAAAGGAUCAUAGUAUUUUUCUUGAAAAGUUUCGAUCUUUCUGAACAUGGGUAUAUGAUUGUUUUUUAUUCCUUGAGCUUUUUAUUAUAUACCCAUGUCGAACUAGCAUUUUAGACACCACACCGAUUGCCAUUUUACCCUUUUUUAUGGGUUUGAAUGUUCUUGAUUCUUUGAGCUUUUGAUCGUAUACCCACAUGGAGAAGGGCCACAAGCUUAUUCUUAUUGCGACUUCAUCAAUUUCGUUGGUUGUAUUCAUUUUCCUGGGUUUGAUUUGUGUCUGUAGAAGAAAAGGGUCCAGAAAUGAUGAAUCUCGGGACACAGAAUCAAGCUUUGAAAGUAGUAAAGAAAUGGAAAUAAAUGGGAAUUUAAUAAGGUUUAAUGGUGGUGAAGAUCUGACUUGUGCUGAUAUACUCGAUGCCCCUGGUGAAGUUAUUGGGAAAUCAAAAUACGGGACUUUGUACAAAGCUAAUUUGGCAACGAAUAAUUCAAUCGUAUGUUUGAGGUUCCUGAGACCAACUUGUACAGAAAAGGUACAAGAUUUGAUGCCUAUGGUACAACUUAUUGGCUCAAUUCAGCAUCCUAAUUUAGUUCCUCUUUGUGGGUUCUAUUCUGGGCGUAGAGGUGAAAAGCUUCUUGUUCAUCCCUUUUACGAAAUGGGAAAUUUGGCUCAAUUCAUCAAAGAUGAAGAAGACGAAUGUCAUAAAUGGACAGUCAUUUGUAGGAUAUCGAUGGGGAUUGCUAGAGGAUUAGAUUAUCUACAUACGGGGUUUCAAAAACCGAUAAUCCAUGGAAAUCUCAAGUCAAAGAACAUAUUCCUGGGUCAAAAUCACCAGCCAUUUGUGUCGGAUUUUGGUCUACACACUUUCUUGAAACCAGAUGCAGCUCAAGAAAUGCUAGAAGAAGCUGAUAUUGAAGGGUAUAAAGCACCUGAAUUGAUGCAAAUGGAAGAAACGAAUGAGGCGACUGAUAUUUACAACUUCGGAGUGAUUUUACUAGAAUUACUUACGGGAAAGGAAGCAGUGAACAAGAAAGGAAACCCUAAUCAAGAUUCUUAUUUGGCAACCUCGUUGAGGAUUGCAAUCUUGGAUAACCGGAUAUCAGAUUUGUAUCAUCCUGAUAUUCUGGUUGAUGAAGAUAAUGGUGAUGGAAGUUUGAUGAAUGAAGAACGUGUUCUUGGAUUGUUCACGAUGGCAAUGAAUUGUUGUUCUCCAUCGCCUUCUCUCAGGCCUGAUAUAAAGCAAAUCUCUGUUCCUCAAGAUUCGUUGCGAGAAAUCUUAGUAUCCAUUAACCGCAAAUCGGAAGAAAUCAGCUUAAUGCCUUCAGUCGUUUCGCCUCAAUGGCAAGAGAAGGCCAGUGGUUUCUUCUCAUCUUCAGGGAUAAAACUGAAAGAAGCUGGACAGUCUGCAGGAACAUUUGUUGGUGAAGUUGCUAAAGAUGCAAAAGGCAAUGUUUCAGAAGCUGCAGGAAAGUUUGGCUCUGUGGUGAAAAACAGAUGGUCUCUCUUUCAACAGCCAUCCACAAGACAAGCAAUGCAGGAAAAACUUGUCAAUGCUGCUGCUACUACAAGCUUCUUUCUAAGAAAAGGUGUUUCAGAGACAAAAGAGAAAGUUGUUGUAGGGAAAACCAAAGUAGAAGAGGUGGCAAAGAAGACUGCCCAAAAGAGCAAAACUCUGUUGACUGAUAUUGAAAGAUGGCAAAAGGGUGUUGCAAGCACUGAUGUGUUUGGUGUUCCAAUAGAGGUUACAGUACAGAGGCAAGAAUCCAGCAAGCCUGUUCCUUUUCUGUUAAUCAAAUGUGCAGAUUAUCUUGUAUUAUCAGGAUUAAACUCACCUGAUUUAUUCAAGUCUGAAGGGAACAAGAAAGCCAUUCAGCAGUUGGUUUCAUUAUACAACCAGGACUUGAAUGCACCACUACCUGAAAAUGUGAACCCAAUUGACGUUGCUGCCCUUGUGAAGUGCUACCUUGCAAGCCUUCCUCAGCCAUUAAUCACUCCAGACCUCCACAAUGAAGUGCGUGGGGCCCGUUCCAGCAUCCCACUAAUGAGAAGCAUAUUGAAAAAGCUUCCCACAGUUAAUUACAUGACACUUGAACUCAUUACUGCUUUAUUGCUUCGUGUUAGCAAGAAGUCACUUCUCAACAAGAUGGAUGCUGGAAGCCUUGCUAUGGAGAUGGCUCCUAUCAUUAUGUGGCAGAAGGGACAACCACCAGAAACUUAUAAACAGUUCUGGAAUCAGCCUUCAAAGACUCAAUCCAAUGCAAAUCUUGAUUCUGUACAAAACUAUAAUGAAUGGGAUAUGCUUGCAGAUGAAAGUGAAGAUUCAGAUGUAUCCUCAGCAAUCCCAUUGGAUGAUGGGGUGCGAAUUGACUUCAGUGGCAUAGAGGUUUUACAGUGUCUGAUAGAACAUCACAAUGCCAUUUUCACUGAUGCAAAUGAGACUGUUUGGAGGUGACUUGUAUCUUCUUCAUCAUUUUAAAAUUUGAUUCAAUUUUCUCUAUCAAUAAAAUUGAUUCUCACAUAUCAUCAACUUACCAUAAACUGGAGCUUUUCUUUUUGGAUUGAUGGUGGUUUGUAUAUUCUAUUCUGUCAAGUUCAUUACAUAAUGUUUUUAGGUUAGGAAUGUAUGCAAAGCAAAGGUUUCUUUUACAAGUUUGUAUAUUAUAAAGGUUAUAAUGUUUGGUUUUCCUUUUUGUGCGGUUUAUGUGGUUUGGUUUGAGCCUAAUAUAUAUUUAGAAAUCAAAUUACAGGUAACAAUAUACUACGAAUUUGUGCAUAACAAGUGUAACAUUUUAUUAAACUUGG